AUGAGGGCAAAGGUUGGAAGUUCCCUCCCACCAGGAGACAAACAUGGAGUUAGUGUCUAUAUACCGACAUGGGAAGACACUGAAGUUUGGGGUAGAAGAGACCCCGAACUCAUAGCCCAGCUAAAGACCGGAUACCCUCGAUUCUUCGUCCCCCUUGUCGUCAACGAACUCGCAGAACGAUUACUGACAUGGACGUCUGGCUUGCCUUGGAGACUUCUUGAAACCGAAUUUCGAAACGGGCUAAGGCAGUCGCUGAAAGAGCCCGGACGAUCAGCAAUGCUAAUAACAGCGCGUCAUCAUGCCAAAGAUCUUCAAGGAUAUCUAGAAAAGCAGCUAACAAGAGCAUUUGCAUUUGUGGUUGACUUUGACGGUAAUAUUCGUCCGGUCAAAAAGUCAGAGAACCGAAGUGACUUGAACGAAAUCUCUGUGGUCGUCUACCCUCCACGAGGGGCAAAAGAGGCCAAAGCAUUCUGGCAACAUACCGGCUUUGGUAUCUCGAGUCGAAGAGCAACGUAUUGGCUAGAGAAUGCCCCUUUUAUUAAUCGCGGCCGAGAAUUGCCUGAGGCUAUUCUUCCGAUCCAGGAGGCCAAAGAGGCCAAGGUUGCCAUACAACAACGUAUUGCAGACUCGUUCGGCACUGAAGACAACAAGCUGAAGAAGAGCGAUGUGCUCUUGUACCCCACCGGCAUGUCGGCUAUCAGCCAUAUCCAUGAUAUUAUCAGCCUUUACACUACAACGACAAAGGGGACCAUUGCGAUCUUUGGAUUUUUCGGUACACAAUCCGAUCUGGAAACUCUGGAGGAGGAGUUGGCUGCAGGUCUGGAGCUGUGUGCCCUCUUCACAGAGUUCCCUGGUAACCCACUCCUUGGCUCUGUCGAUCUAGCGAGGAUAAAAAGCCUGUCUGACCAAUUCUUCUUCUUGUUCGUGGUUGAUGAUACAGUCGGUACAUCGGUCAACGUCGACGUUAUCUCGCAUUGCGAUGUUGUAUGCACAAGCUUGACAAAGAUGUUUAGUGGGGGCUGCAACGUUAUGGGAGGAAGCGUGACCCUGAACCCAAAGGGCAGAGGCCAUUGGGAUAUGAAGAGAAGAUUGAAGGAUCGCUAUGUCAAUACCUACUUCCCGCUGGAUAUGAUGGUUAUGGAGGAAAACAGCACCGAUUUUGAAGAACGAGUCAUUAAAGCGAGCCAAAAUGCAAUGCACAUCGCGGAUACACUUCGCAAGCAUAGCUCAGUCGGGCAAGUCUACUAUCCCAAGGGAAGCCCGACACAACGACUUUACGAGGAAUACAAACGUCCAGGAAAGGGGUAUGGGUAUUUGCUGUCCAUUCGUUUCAACACCCCCGCAGCUGCCAUCGCGUUCCUCGACGCUCUUGAUGUGGCCAAGGGGCCGAGUCUGGGGACCAACUUCACUCUAGGUUGUGCAUAUACGCUCUUCGCGCAUUUCCACGAGCUUGAAUGGGCUGAGAGCUAUGGUGUUGUCGAGCAUUUGGUACGAAUCAGUGUUGGAAUCGAGAAUCAAAGAUUCUUGGACGAGGUUAUCAAGACAGCCCUGGACGCAGCUGAACGAGCGAGUAAGAAAUAA